AUGCCUCGCCGUAGCUCUGGUGGAAGAUCUGCACGUCCUGCUCCUCGUGCUGCUCCAGCACGCAAUCCUCCUCAGCCAGUGAAUCAUGCUCCUCCUCCAGUUCCUGCUCAAGCCAGCAGUGGUGGAUCCAUGCUUGGGAGCAUCGGUUCAACCAUAGCCCAAGGAAUGGCUUUCGGCACUGGAAGUGCAGUGGCACACAGGGCUGUGGAUGCUGUUAUGGGUCCUCGCACAAUUCAACAUGAGACUGUUUCUUCUGAAGCAGCUGCACCAGCAACUGCCGCAAACAAUAUGGGUGGCUCUGAUGCUUGCAGCAUACAUUCAAAGGCAUUCCAAGAUUGCUUGAAUGGAUACGGCAAUGACAUCAGCAAGUGUCAGUUCUAUAUGGAUAUGUUGGCAGAGUGUAGGAGAAAUUCAGGUUCUAUGAUGAGUUCCUAA